AUGCUUUUCUGUUUAGAUGAUGAUAAAAGCAAGCAGUUUAAUGUAAUGAAUAUCAAAAUAUGCAAAAAUGUGGAAUAUUUAGUCAACUUCUAUCUCACCUUUCAUGCUCUUUAUGAUCGUGAUGAUACUGGAAUCGAAGAAAAAUGUGUAUUCACUAAGGAAUCUUUCAACUCAUGUAUUGAGUUUAUAGCUGAUUUACUAAGCUGGGAUCCAGAAGAUGCAGGACGUUGUUUACAACAAUAUGCAAUUUGUGCAUCAGUUCUUGGCACUGCUACUACUGUUGUUAGGAAACCACUUUCUAUUCAAUCCUUCCUUAAUUCAUUCCAGUAUGCUUUCGUUACAAAUACUGACCGAGAGACUACGUCAUCUGAUUCAUUGGGAAAUGAUAUCCAAGAAUCGAAACAAUAUCCUUUGCCAAGAAUUCGUUCAGAUAAUGCACGCAGAACAUUGACAAGAAUUGGAUGUGUCAUUUUUGAACCAUAUAUAAAUGGCCUGCAAACAUUCGACUCCUUACAGAAGAUCGUUGAUUCUUCUAAUUUGGAUCCAAUAUUACUUUUGUUUUCCUUCGUCUUGUUUAUACUAAAUGAGGACAAGUACUUAAAUUUGCCAAUUUUAAUUGAUCGGAUGCAUCAUAUAUUCUGUUAUAUGCUGUAUAGAAUUCUUCUUGAACUAUUAUCAUCAUCAUCAUCCUCAGGAGGAGAGAACAAAGAAGAAGAGGAAGAGGAAGAAGGAGGAGAGGAAGAAAGAGGGAGUAAAAAAGGGGAACGGAAAGAAAAAGAUAAAAUUCCUGAAGAAUAUUUUUAUGAAUUUCUUGAUAUUAAAAAUAAGAAAUCCACUUCAUCGUGCAAAAAAUUUGAAUUAAUAUGCAAGCAAAUUUAUGCGUAUUGUUCAAGCAGUUGCCAUUUAUCCUCAGCCUAUUUGAUUGCAUUGCUAAUGCGUUGUAUAUUGUUUCAAAUAUGGCAAACAUUUGAAUCAGAAGAGAAUAUUCUGGAAGUGUUAUUCAAGUGUAUGCAACAUCCUGAAUUCACAGUCAAUGAUUCUUCUGACAGUGGAGCUGAAAUUGAAAUUGAUAAUUCUGUUAGUCAAUCAAUUGAAUUCAAAAUACCUUCGAAAGUAUCAACAAAAUGGAAUGCUGACUUUAUACCAAAUUUACAACAUCUUGUUGAUAAAUGGCAUCAAACCUGUGCUCAGUUGGAAGGUGUUCUAUCGAUUGGAUUAGUGUUGUUAUGUCCAGUGUCCAACAAAUCAAAAGAGACAACACCGCAGCGCACUUUUGAUUUCAAUUUACAAUGCGUAUUGACUAAUGGUCGUUCCUACUUAACAGCUUUAUUCGCAUCAUGGAUUGUAAAGAAUAAUAUAUCGCCUGAACAAGUUCUCAGUUUCUAUCAAGGAUUAUGCACAAAAUCAUUGAUAAGUGAAGAUUGUAGUGGUACAAGAGAUUUAGCCAUUAUGGAUCCGGUCCACCUUAGACAAGUGAUAUUUUCACUAGCCUAUAAGCGUCUACCUUUCACACUGGAAUUAGAUACAGUUUUAUCGACUGUUUGUUGGACUCACUUUCAAAUUUGGCGGGAGAAACCUGAGGAUAUAAAUAAUUUGAUUUAUUGCUUAGAGUUUCUCAAGAAAUUCAGUUCAGCUGGGGCAAUGAUUGCUCAAGGUUUAGGAACAAUAAUGUGGCGAACAGGUCUUAUGGAUUGGCUUAAACCUAUUCUUGAAGUUGCAAGAGGCGAUAAAAGAAUCGAAAAAAGUGGUGCUUAUUUUCCAAACAUUUUGAAUGUGUCAAUGUGCUUAAUCGACUUUUUUAAAAUUUACUCCAAUGUAUGCCAACGUGCUGAAGUAGUGCCAGUUUUCUCUGUUGAAGCUGAAUGGACUGAUCCAGAUAGUUUUGAUGAAAAAUCAUCAUUACAUCUAACUAGUGGAAUUCACAAGGAUACUGAGAGUAUUGAUUCAACUGAUUUAAAUACAGCAGAUAAUUCACCUUCUGAAUUUUUAAUCAAUGAAAUGUCUUCAGAACGUUCAUUUAAAUCAGAUGGUACAUUUAAUCGGAAAUUUUCAGUACAGGAUACUGUAAACCAACCAAUUCCUCAGUUGUCUUCAGUUACCUCUUGGGAACAAGUUGUUAUUGUUGCUUCAGCAUUGUUGGUUUUUGGUCGACCUGAAAAAUUGAAUAAGUCGUCUAAUCAACAAGCAAAAGAUACAAAAUUCUAUUCUCCUUCAGAUUUUUUCCCACCACAAGAUUUGUACAUGUUACUCUCACCUAAUGAUCCCAACUGGAUUAGUACUUCUGUUGGAAAAGAUGUUGAUGAUAGUCUUAUGAUUAGACGGCGAUUUUUUCUAUCCUGGUUAAUUGAAAGAUGUGUUGCACGUCUUGCACUCUUACCUGUUUCACAAUAUUCCAAUCAAUCUAUCAUGGAGAAUGAUGAUGAUGAAAUACCCUUAGAUGACGACUGCAUGAAUAAUCAUACUUUUGGAGCUGUAGAAGUUUAUCGCCGGUUUAGUUCUGCAGCUUUUACUCUAGCUCAUCAUUGGGAUUUACCAAAAGACACAGUCACUAUACAGCAUGUAGUUUCUUUAUUUGAGAAACAUUUAGAUGACCAGGCACUACUUUUCUUGUCAAAAGUUCAAGAUCCUACAAAUUUGGCUGUCCGUUUGUUAUUCAUCAUUGGUCGUCGUAUAGCCUAUCGGUGUUAUGGUUCAGAGUACAAUGCUAAACAAACAUUACGUUUACGUGUAUUUAUCCCGCUGACAGUUGAAUCAUGGCUUCGUGGUUUAUUACCUGUCACAGAUUCAACCAGUAGUGAGUCAGAAUAUCGUCAGAAUCCUUUUCAACCGACUUCUGAAGCUACUGACUUGGAGAAAUUACCCUUUCUUAUCGAUUAUGUAAUAGAACAUCUCCCACGCCAUACUGGUCAACUAUCAAUAGCCAUGGAACUACGCGAUAUUUUUCAAGCUAUUGUACAGUCAGAUACUAUUUAAUACUUUUAAAGUGAAGAACAUCUGUGCGUUUUCUUUUUAUC